CGCUUAUUUGCCUUUUUUCUACAUGCUACUUCAGCCAAUCGAAUAUUGAUAUAACCUCACUUAAUUUUUGUUUACCUGAAGUAAUAGAUUUUUAUAAUUGAAUAUUAAAUACAAAAAAAUAACUAUGAAUGAAUCAUUUAAUGCUGAGCCGAAAACGUACUCAAGACUAUUCGACAGAAGUAAAAUGAAAAGACGAAGAAGCAGUGGCGUAAAUACAGAUAGAAAAUCACCAAAACGGGAAAGUAUAACGGCUCUAAUUGUUGAUAAUGGAGCUUACAAUAUUAAAGUCGGCUUAUCCAGGGAUGAAUCUCCGUCUAUCAUACCUAAUUGCAUUAUGAAAGCCAAAUCGGAGAGAAAAAGAUUGUUUAUAGGCAAUCAAAUAAACGAAUGUAGGGAUUGUUCAGGUUUGUACUUUCUGUUACCCUGUGAAAGAGGGUAUAUAACUAAGUGGGAUGUUCAAAAACCGGUUUGGGAUCACAUAUUUAGUAGAAAUGUGUAUCCGGUGGACGAAAAACCAGUUAUAAUGACCCAACCUUUGUUCAAUUUCAUGUCUAUUCAGGAUUGUAUAGAUGAAAUAUUUUUUGAGGAAUACGAAGUGCCAUCGAUGUUCCGAUUAAAUCCUACCGAUUUAGCUCGUUUAAAAUAUACAGAGGAUCAAAAACUACCUGAAACUACUCCAUGCAUAAUUGUGGAUUCGGGAUUCAGUUUCACACACAUCGUCCCAUAUAUCAAAGGAAAUAAAUAUUUAAGAGGUAUAAGAAGAUUAAAUGUGGGUGGGAAAUUAUUAACUAAUCAUUUGAAAGAUCUCAUUUCAUAUAGACAGUACAAUGUUAUGGACGAAACUUAUGUUAUUAAUCAGGUAAAGGAGGAUACUUGUUAUGUAGUGGAAAAUGUCAUAGAAGAGUUGAAACUAGCAUCAAAAAAAGAUAAUUCUAUUGUUAAAAAUUAUGUCUUGCCGGAUUUUAAUAACAUUCGCAGAGGCUACAUACAAGAUCCCAGUGAUACCAAUCAGAAGGAAAAAGAAGAAAAUUGUCAGAUAUUGAGAUUAAAUAAUGAAAGAUUUGUGGUACCAGAAAUUUUAUUUCAUCCAUCUGAUAUUGGAAUGAAGAGUAUGGGCAUAGCUGAGGCUGUUGUAGAAUCUAUUCUUAGCUGUCCUAAAGAUUUUAGGAAAGAUAUGUCAAAACAUGUUAUCCUUGUAGGCGGAAAUUGUAAAUUUCCUGGUUUUAAAGAACGAAUGUAUGCAGAAUUAAGGUCGCACUUGCCUUACGAAUGGGAAGUAAACGUAUUUUUACCAAAAGAUUCAAUUACUUACUGUUGGGAAGGUGGUGCAUCUCUAUUGAAAGUGCCCAAUUUUAAAACAUUUUUAGUUACAAAAUCUGAAUACGAAGAACUUGGAUCGACUAUCAUCCAACAAAGAUUUAACACUUGGAUGACCGAUAACUCAGAACCUGAAAAUCAACAAGAAAAAACUGAAGAAACAUUUUGUUAUUUGGAUAAAAUCAAAGGAAAAUCGAUUUUCGGUAAACAAGAACUGGGCGGGAAUGAUUUGAAACCAGACGAUUCAAAUAUCGCCACAGAUUCCGAAAAAAGUAAUGCUAUGGGGUUGGACGUUAAGGCAGAAUCUAGCGAAGGUGCUGAUCAAGCUCAGGAAACAGCUCAGUCAAGUGAAAACGAUAAGGUGAAAAGAUCGGUACAGAAGAAUAAUGAAAGUUCAGAGAGUAGCUUUGAUGAAUCUUCUGACAGUUUUCACAAUGAAUUGAUAAAUUCAGUUGAACUAUUCCCUUUUGGUACUGAUUCUUAUUUGUGAAAUUAAACGUAUUUUUGAUUUGAUUCCCUCGUUUUUGUAUUUUUUGUUCUUGUUCAAGUAUAAUCGAUCUAUUG